GCCAAACAUAGCGGUGCACGAAAGCAAGCACCGAAGUGAAAUGUCAUUUAAAAAAAAAGCAAUACGUAUAUUGACACACGUCCACAAAACGCCUAUAUAGUACUAAAGCCUCACAUCGUUAGAUUUGUUGAGAAGAAAACGCUUCCUUUUUGUGUCUGAAGUCAAUCCACUACGAACGUCUGCAGAAAGAAAACCGAAUCGUUGAAAUCAAUACCUACACACUGGUACUCGCGGUUUUUCUUUCUUUUUUAAUUACCUCUGAAAAGUCCUUUUCUGUCCUUCCUUCUCUAAUUCUGUAUUGCUUGAAAAGAAAGAGCACGCCUUCAAUAUAUAUCUUUGCAUCCAUGGCGGACCAUCUGGACUCCUCUCCCAGUCUGACGCACCGCGAAUACGUGGACCGGUGGCUUGCGUUGGCGGUGGCCACAACCACCUUCAUCAGCUACGUGGGCAGCGUAUACUGGGAGCGUACGUGGGGCCCCCGGCUGCUGCUACGCCGCGAAAUGUUCCUCGAAAACGAAAUUGACCGGCUUGAAAAGGAGGCAGGUACCGUCUGCAUCGCCUCAGAGUUGUACAAACACAGUCGGCUCAUGCGGGGCGUGUUGAGGCUCCGCCAGGAACUACUGCACGAGCGUCGAAGGCGCUACCGCCAUCAGCUCUCGGUAGAACGCAUGUUCUCCCCCAUCUCCACCCUCCAGUCCUCCAAGCAGACCUUCAGUAGCUGUGAGCUACCGACCGCCGCGAGGCGGUUACCCCCAUACCCGACCGGGGUGGCGCGGUCGGCGCCUAACUCCGUGGCGCAGUCCCCCGUGUCGCUGCACGACACGCUGCAGGAAUUCGAGGUCGUCCCCCCGUCGCUGCUUGGCUUUGUGACGCAGCGAACUCGCGAUCUUGUCCGGUACAAUUUGCUGGCCUUCAUCAAGUACGUGCUGAGAUUUGGGCAUGUAUUUGUAUACCUCUACCUCUUUGGGCGUCGGCCGGGCAUGGUUGCGGUGCCGCCAUCCAUCGAGGACAGUGUGCCCUUCUACGCUACGCAGAUCCUUCUACCUUAUCUCUUCGGCGUGGCAAUGUUUGGUCCUAAUAUCCUCUUUGCUCCGCGGCAGACGUUGAAGGACGCCCCCGGCAACGAUGAGCUUUCCACAAACGUCAGCUUGGCCCACUUGGGGACUGGUCUGCACAACUUGCUUCCCACAGCAGGUCGAGGCGCACAGGAAAGUGGACGAGUGUCGGCAACGAUUCUUCUGGUAAGGCGUUACAACGCCGAUCGCUUAUGCGCCUCCAACGACCUUGUAUCGUGGUGUUUCUGUUGCCUCUGCGCUUCUUACUUGGUGAUGCGCGUCUUUGCAUCUUAA